UCCUCUCGCAAAUCUCCCGAUCCUAUGCUCCCCUUCUUCCGACAUCCCGAUUUUCGCGUUGAAGUCACCCACAACGAAUUUGUAGAAGGACUUCUCUUUGCGGAUGACUUUUCCGAAUCAUCAGCUGCUGAUCUGCCUCACUUCCGUCUUCCUGGAUUUUGUUUCCUGCAAGGCGAUUACAUGGUAGUUGAAGCGCGCUGCAGCUUCGAGAAGGGCGUGAAGAUCGGCGUUGGUGGAGACUGUCCUGGCGUUGUAGAUGCAGAGCAUGAGGCAAUCUCCAUGGCGAGUCGUUGA